AUGAACCGCAACUGGCAGCAGCCUGCCAAGGGCGUCCGUUGGGCAGAUGAGCAUCAGGUGUAUGAGACUACCCCGAUUACGUCGCGAAGGCCCCCACUCUCAGCUCUUGCCCAGACGUCGUCGGGCAACAGAAUGCUCCCUCUCCCUUUCAGCCACGUCGGCCAACAUGGAUACUCGUACAUGGUUCCCGCAGUCGUGCACGCACCGCUCACUUUAGUCACCCAAGGCUACAUGCCCGUCAUACCAGCUGUCUCUAUCUCCACCUCCAAUAACUGGAUGGGGUCGCCUGAUCGUGGCACGCUACAAGGCGUGCACAGACAGCUUGUCUCCGGUGGCCCCGUAACCGCACUCGCUCCACCUGCAAUUCAUCAAGAGCUCCAGCUGUUCUCGCUCAGGUGGGACGUGCGAGCAGAGGAGACUCCACCCGGACGUUUCCAAGACUUUGCUCGUGACCCGGCGUUCGUGCAAGCGGUUGUGAGGUCGAUCACGCUGCGCUUCACCACGCCAGCGGGCUUCGUCUUCAGGAGGGCUGUCCAUGAGACGUCUGGUCGGUCACUGCGAGUGAGAGACAUCCUACGGGCGAUACACGAAGCGUUGUACGCGCCCCUCCAGCUGGGUGAUCACGACAUGCUCAACGCUGCGUUGAUUGCGCGUGGACAUCGUGAACUGCAGCGGGACGUGCCUCUGCUCCCUUCUGGGACCAGCGCCUGGCCAGCUACGACGUAUCAUGCGACUUGA